AGAUGGCUGUAAUGAAUCAGGAUAAACUAUCACUUAAUGGACGGCGUUGAUCCUCUUUCAGGUCCGCUGGAAAACGGGGAUUUCGAGACGAUUCCGGCAGGUGGGUUCCCCAGCGCCGGGAUGUGGGAGGGCGCGGCCACCAUCCCCGGCUGGGAAAUCAACGGCACCGUCGAGGUGGUGCGCUCCGGCCAGCGCCAAGGUGGCAUGAUCCUCAUCGUUCCCCAAGGUGAGCACGCGGUCCGGCUGGGGAACGAGGCGGGGUUGAGCCAGGACGUGGAGGUGGAGAAGGGGUCCAUCUAUGCGGUGACGUUCAGUGCGGCUCGCACGUGCGCGCAGCUGGAGUCUCUCGACAUGUCGGUGGCCGGGGCUUCUUCACAGACGGUGGAUCUUCAGACGCUAUACAGCGUUGAGGGCUGGGAUACUUAUGCCUGGGCUUUCCUGGCCGGCAGCUCCGCCGGAAGCGACGGCGUUGAUGCGGAGACGACGAAGCUAGCGUUCAGAAAUCCGGGCAUGGAAGAGGACCCCACCUGUGGUCCCAUUAUUGAUAAUAUUGCCAUCAAGAAACUCUUCGUUCCGGACCGCGCUGAAGAUAACGCUGUCAUCAAUGGCGACUUUGAAGAAGGCCCAUGGAUGUUCAAAAAUUCAACGCUCGGCGUGCUCCUCCCCACCAAUCUCGAUGAGGAGACCACCUCUCUUCCUGGCUGGAUAGUCGAAUCCAACCGAGCCGUUCGCUACGUCGACUCUGACCACUACACUGUCCCUCAGGGAAAACGUGCCAUUGAGCUUCUAUCAGGCAAAGAAGGCAUAAUCUCCCAAAUGGUUGAGACCAAACCAGACAAGCAAUACAGUCUCAUCUUCACAAUCGGCGCUGCUGGAGAUUCAUGCCAGUCUCCGUUAGCUGUCAUGGCAUUCGCCGGUGACCAGGCGGAGAAUUUUCAUUUCGCUCCGCUCGGGAACGCCACUUCCAUGGCAGCUAAUGUGAGCUUCACUGCCAGAGCGGAGAGGACAAGGGUGGCGUUCUACAGUGUGUAUUACAACAUAAGGAGUGAUGACCAUAGCUCAUUGUGCGGUCCAGUUGUUGAUGAUGUUAAGGUUUUGGGGAUAUCCAUGGCUGGAGUUAGAUUUGGAGGGAUGAAUUUAGUGAUUGCGGGGAUGAUGGUUCUUACCAGCAUGGCUAUGGGGAUCUGAUCUGAUCAGUGCUUUGAGUUGGAGUAUGAUGGAUUUGGUGUUUUGUAGUUUGCUUGCUAAGCAGAAAGUAGUAAUAUAUAUAUAAUUAUGCUUUUUAGUGUGUGGAAGAAAGUAUAUGUUGCCUUAAUUCAGUUUGAGUACGACGGAUUAAGUGUGCAUUUGAAGCUAGUGGGCAAGAAAGGUGCCCUAUAGCUGUUAUCAAGGGUGUUUCUGCCAAUAUUUAUCUCUUUUGAAGUUGUUUAUUAUGAAGCUA